AUGGACUCACCAGUGAUCAUGUCGGAUAACGAAGACGAGCCUCUACUAAACGCAUCUAGUAAUGAACCUACUUCAACGAACCGUCGAUGUCCAACCUGUCGAGGAAGCGGUGUUGUUGGUCAAUCUUCCGGUCUGGUUGCUUUGAUUCCAGUUGACGACGUUCGAUUAAAACGUCGACAUACAUUCUGGUGGAUUAUUUUAACAAUUGUUUUCUGUGCUCUUAUUGCUGCAGCUGUCAUUGCCGUGCUUCUUCCCCGCUCUGUACAUUUAUCUCUACAAAAUCCUUUGGUGAUUGAUGCAACUAACGAUACAUGGAGAAAUCAUACUUGUCUGCAUAUGAAAUUCUAUCACUAUACGGUGAUUAAGUCGGAUAACUGGGUGCCAAUACGUCUCAUUAACAUCACGACCUCAGUUGAGCAUCAGCUGAUACAAGUGGGACCUGAUGCGGAGCAAGUUUUUGGUAAAAAAACGUACUUACGACCAUUAGGAAUAUUAUCUUCGAAUUUAACUGUUGAACUGGACUUCGAUACAGACACAAUGGCUUAUCGUGUUUGCCGAGGAAUCUUUCGACAAAUGCUGAUGUUUAAACUACAGACAACAUUAACUUAUGCAGAUUUUCUUCUCAAUCGUAUUCAAACAACAAACGAUAUUUCCUAUCAGUAUGUUUUAUGUAAUAGAGGAGAAUGGACGAGAGAUGAUGAUAGUUUAGUGAGGUCAACUUGA